AUGCCACCUAAAACUAAAGCACGAGAAUCAAUAGUUGAAAAAGAAACAACAUUAGAUCAAUCAUCAGUUACUGUUGGAACUGCUCUUCAAGUUAAUGAUAGUGUAGCGAUUGACUGCGAUUCUAGUGGACCAACACCAAUUACAAAAUUAGACAAAUCAUGUGGCGUUGGUACUGCAGAUAUUAAAAAAUUGCAAGAAGCUGGAUUUUGUACAGUUGAAUCCAUUGCUUUUGCGCCAAGAAAAACUCUUUUGGCUGUGAAAGGUAUUAGUGAUGCAAAAGCUGAUAAAUUAGCUGCCGAAGCAGCAAAAUUAGUACCGAUGGGUUUUACAACAGCCACAGAAUAUCAUCAAAAACGUUCCGAAAUCAUUCAAUUAACAACUGGUUCACGAGAACUUGACAAACAAUUACAAGGUGGAUUUGAAACUGGUUCAAUAACUGAAUUGUAUGGUGAAUAUCGUUGUGGUAAAAGUCAAUUAUGUCAUCAAGUUGCUGUUACUUGUCAAUUACCCAUUGAUAUGGGUGGUGGUGAAGGCAAAGCAAUUUAUAUCGAUACAGAAGGUUCAUUUCGACCUGAACGUUUACUGGCCAUUGCUGAACGAUAUGGCCUUUCAGGUCACGAUGUUUUGGAUAAUAUUGCUUAUGCUCGUGCUUAUAAUACUGAUCAUCAAAUUCAAUUAUUGUAUAUGGCAACAGCUAUGAUGUGUGAAUCAAGAUAUGCUGUAUUGAUUGUCGAUAGUUCAACAUCACUUUUUCGAACUGAUUAUUCUGGUCGUGGUGAAUUAGCUAAUCGACAAAUGCAAUUAGCAAAAUUUAUGCGUAUGUUAUUACGUAUUACCGAUGAGUUUGGGGUUGCUGUUGUACUUACUAAUCAAGUUGUUGCUCAAGUUGAUGGUCAAGCAAUGUAUGGUGAUCAAAAGAAGCCAAUUGGUGGCAAUAUUAUGGCUCAUGCAUCAACAACACGUCUCUAUUUAAAAAAGGGCAAAGGCGAUUCACGCAUAUGUCAUGUUGCAGAUAGUCCAUGUCUGCCUGAAACUGAUGCAGUUUUUGCUAUUGGACCUGAAGGUAUUGUUGACGCUGCACCGAAAGAUCUUAGUUAA